ACACCGAUUCGGAGCCAAGAUCCAGAACAACUCCGAGCCAAGAUCGAAGAUCUCAACUCCAAAGUCUCCUUCCUCAGAUUUUGGACUCCCUUCGAUGAUUACCACCAUCGCUCUACUCCUUGCUUCUCCGACAUCGUUGUAGUCGCUUCCGAUGAUGAUUCCGAUCAUGAUCGCCCUUUGAGUAAAGCGGGACAAGCUGAUGCUAUUGAAGUUUCACACAAGCUCCAGCAGUUGGGUUGGAUUCCUGAGCUUAUUUUGUCCAGUGAUGCAGUGCGAACAAAGGAAACACUUAAAACUAUGCAAGAACAAGUGCGAGGAUUUUUGGAAGCUGAGGUACAUUUCAUUUCAAGUUUUUAUUCAAUUGCAGCAAUGAAAGGACAGACAGCUGAGCACCUUCAACAUGCCAUCUGUAAAUUUUCAAGGGACGAGAUACUUACAGUUAUGUGUAUGGGACAUAACAGAGGAUGGGAGGAGGCAACCUCAAUGUUCUCAGGCACCUCCAUAGAGCUGAAGACUUGCAAUGCUGCUUUGCUUGAAGCUACUGGGAAAUCGUGGGAAGAGGUUUGUUAAGGUCUGGGAAAAGUUGUAGACUUCGAUGGGUGAAUUAUCUAAUGACUUAGGCCUCGUUUGGGAACAUGCUAUUUUAGUAAUUUUUUAGCUUUUUACAAAAAGAUGUGCAGAAAAGUAGAGAGGUGAUGUGACUAGUUUUAGUUGGCUUUUUGGCUAAAAUAGCCACUCCCCAAACAAGGCCUUAUUUUCGUAUUGUAGGUAUGAAACCUUGUUACUGGAAGACUUUUACAAA